AUGGAAAGUCGUUUAGCUGGGCUUCCGCAAGACCUCUUACUCGAGCUUGCGAAAUGGCUUGAUAUACGUGACUUGUUCAGUCUCCUGUCCACAUGCAGCGUGAUUCGCAACCUUCAGUGGCACAAGGCGCUGUGGAUAUACGCCAUCUGGCGGUUGCGCACUGUCCAACUACACCCACUGCCGCUCCAACAUGCACAAGAUCUUGCUGCUUUAAGCCUUGAACAGCUCGUGGACGCUGUAAAGGUCGCCCAUCGUCUGCUACAGAAUCUGCACUCGCCAGAGGGGCCAGUGCCUGUGUUUACAACGCAGUUCCACGCGGGGUGGCUCAUCAAACGGGUCAUUUGCAUUCCAGGCACCUACCUCGCGCUGGUCGAGAGCUACUCCGGUAUCAGUUGCUGGGAUCUGCUCACCUCGCAAAGUGUCGCGAGCUUGCCAAAGCAGGCUAACGUGGGUCUCUUACCGGCUUCCUCCAGCGUAUGCAUGGAUACUCCCGGGAAGGCACUCGUCAUCGGCUGUGUGCAGCCUCGACUGAAAAAUAUCCAACAUCUUGCAGCUAUCUGGCUGGAUUUCACCGACCGUUCUAAUGUGACGCUUACAAUCGACAUUUCCCCUGAUGUGAGCAACGUUUCCUAUCCGUGGAGAUACCUCUUCGCUUCUAAAGAAGGUAUCGGACUGGUCACGACCUCACACUUGAUUUAUUGGGUCUUUGAGACCGAUGCUGUCAUUGUACAGCCUCACGACCAUCCUCUGGCUCAACAGAGCGUCAUCCUAGCCCAUUUUCGUCACGGAGAUUAUUUGUACGUCUCUGACGGUGGGACAAGCGAGCGCGGGCCGAUGCUCGACGUUAUCGACUUGUCCCACCUCUCAGACCACGGCUCUCCAGGGGAAAUCCUGCGCUUGGAGCAAAUAUUAACCUGCUCCCGCGUCAUCCUGCCCCCGCUCGACUUCCCCGACCCGCCCGAUGGGCUGUUCGGCACCUACGUCAAGCCGCCGAUUGCGCCCCUCGCUGCGCCGUGCUACGGGGUCUUCUCGAUAACCUGCCUCACGUAUGAGGACCACCUCACGCGCUCCUGCGUUCUUUUCUGGCCCUCGGACAUCGGCGAGGAUGCGCGCUUGGUUCUGGGGAGACACGCACCGAAAUGCUUCCAACACGUGAGCAAGGUCCGUCAGUGUGCAGUCGGCUCGAGCGGGCGGUACGCGCUGUUGCUCGGAUAUGGCGAUGUUGACGGCGACACGACCGAGGCAACAGACUACCUCGCGCUGCUCCAUCUUCCCCCGGACGCGGAGUCCUUCGAGUUCAGGCGUCUCGAUGUGGGCGACAUCAUGCUAGGCUCGGUUGUUCUCGCCGCAUUGGAUGACACGCUGGGCUUGGUGGUCUUGCUGGACCAUAAGGGCAUGCUGAUGGCUAUUUCGUAUGCGCGGACAUGA